AUGAUUCACACAGGUGAGAAGCCAUUUUCUUGCUCGGAAUGUGGACACGUCUUUGCACACAAGGAAAAACUAAUCAGACAUGAGAAGACUCACACAGGGGAGAAGUCUUUUAGAUGCUCAGAAUCUGCACACCAGAGGAUUCAUACAGGAGAGAAGCCGUUUAAAUGUUCAGAGUGUGACAAAUGCUUCACAGAAAUUGGUCAUCUUAUUCGGCAUCAGAAAAUCCACACAGGAGAGAAACCAUAUAAAUGUCCAGAAUGUGACCAGGGAUUUGCACACAAGGCACAUCUUACUGUACACCUGAGAAUUCACACAGGAGCAAAACCAUUCAGGUGUUCAGAAUGUGGAAAAUGCUUCUCACACAAGAAAUCUCUUGCUUUGCACCACACGACUCACACGGGAGAGAAGCCAUAUGCAUGUUCUGAAUGUAAUGAAUGUUUUACAUCCAGACCACCUCUGAUCCAGCAUCAGAAGAUUCACAUCAAUGUUUGA